AUGAAGGAGACGACACCACGCAAGAAAAUCAUUGUCGCCAUCACAGGCGCGACAGGCGCCCAAAUUGGCAUUCACAUACUCCAAACCCUACGCCGCCUCAACGUCGAAACGCACAUAAUCAUCAGCAAAUGGGCCGCCGAAACGAUAAAAUGGGAAACGGACUACACCCCGGCCGCGGUCAAGGCCCUUGCAGACCACUCCUACAGUUCCCAUGACCUCGCCGCGCCGAUUGCGAGCGGGUCCUACCGCGUGGAUGGCAUGAUCAUCGCGCCUUGCUCCGUCAAGACGCUGGCGGCGAUAAAUGCGGGCAUAUGUGAUGAUUUGGUGACGAGGGCAGCGGAUGUGUGUUUGAAGGAGAGAAAAAGGCUAGUUUUAUCCGUACGGGAGACUCCGUUCAGCGAGAUUCACUUGAGGAAUAUGAUGGAGGUGACGAGAGCGGGGGCCAUUAUUGCGCCGCCGGUGGUCGGGUUUUAUACGAGACCGUCGUCUAUUAAUGAUAUUCUCGAUCAGAUGGUGGGGAGGUUGCUUGAUCUGUUUGACUUGGAUGCGAGGAAUUUUGAGAGAUGGGAUGGCAUGCAGAAGAGUACCACGUGUAGUAAAUGA